AGCUCGCCGACCUCGUGGACGACAAGGAGUAGCCGCUUAGGGGCUGCCGGCCCCUCUGCCUCCCCACACUUCGCUCCCUUCCCUUCCCCGCACCCGGACUUCGCAGUUGGCGGUUCUCAACCCCUGCCCCCCAAGCGCGUCCGCUGCGGGUGUCCCGGGCCCGGGCUGCACCCCCGCACCCUCCAGCCAGCGGCAGGCAGUCUCAGGAACUGCCCCAGGGCCGAAAGGGCGCCGCUGAGCGCGCCUGUGGGACAGCCACGGUGGUAGUGACGGUGCUGGGAGACCCCGCGUGCGCUUUCCCCUUGAGAUGUAAACCGGGAACGGAGAAGGGGCUGAGGGGAGAAAGGAUAUGGCCCCCCCCACGAGUCCAUGGCCAGUGACUGUGGCCCGACCCGAAAACGACCCUCUUCUCAAAAGGGACCAUCACCGCCCCAAGCGCGCGCACAGAGACCGGUCGGAGGCGAGAAUUGGUCUUUUCAGGGCACAGUUCAGCUCCUCUGUGGAUGCGUCCCCAGAUCGCAGGAUUUCCAAGAAAUCGAGCCUGUCCCUUGUGCACUUGGGAAUAAUUCCCCAAGACAGCACUUCGGGAUUCCGGGUUAUCCUGAGGCUGCCCGGGACUUUUCCAGCUCUCCAGCCCCAGGUCUCCUGACAUUGUGUUCCAGGCUGCGGGCUAAGCCAGACAGUGUUUGCCUCCCGUUCUUUCCACCGAGGGAAGCGAACGCCACCCCCACCCGCCUUUGCCUCCGAGUCUCCCUCGCUGGCGAAGGGAAGCCGACCUGGUCCCGGGAGGAAGAUGGCGCAGCGAUUUCGGUGAGGACAGCCGGCCCCGCCCCCGACAAGGAGCUCCCUCGUUCACCUGGUGUCUGGGAACUUGAAUGUGUGAAGGGCGCUUAUUGUUCUGAACCCUUGAUUGCUCCCUCCUCGGGCUGCGUUUCAAAAAUAGUCAUAUUUUUAAAGGAGUUGGAGGAGAGGGAGGGGGAGGACAUGGCACCAUUCCAGAAACCAGCAUUAUUACAACACCAUAGCCAGUAUAUUUAGUUUGGCUUUUCCUAACAUAGAAAUCUUCAAAGGUGGGGCAGUGGAAAUAAAGUUUUAAAAAUGAGAGAGCAGUUUUCCAACUAUGUCAACAAAGCCUAUCGUGUUGAUGUUUUUAUUGACCAUUUUAGCAACAUGCUAAUAAAAUUUCAAAUUGAAAUUUUUAUUUUCAUGGCUUUAAUCCAUGAUAGUUUAAAUAUUGGGGGCCAUUAAGAGUGGAUGUAGCUAAGAGCUUAGCUAACAUUGCCUUUUCACUCUAUUUUUCUCAAAUAUUAUAAGAAUUCUGUUUUUGAAUAUUGUUAAUUUUUUGGCUUUCAACAGCAGCCCUAGUAAUGGUGGAGUUGUUAAUGAAUGUGUAUAUUGUACUGAAUUUCUGUCAGUUAAGGGGUUCACUGCUUUGGUGGAAAUUGGUGGAAAUUGCUAGCAGGUUCCAUGAUGUUUAUUUUCUCCAUGUUGUAUAUCAUUACCAUUUCACAUUUGCAUUUCUAUUUUUCUUCCUCUCCUCCUGAUCUCCUUAAAAAUGAAUCUAGAGUUGGUGGCUUUUUUCCCCUCCUCUUUAGCCAGUUCCACAGUUCAGUUCUUCCUGAAAACAGGGAAGAACUUGUAGGAUCAGGCAAAUGUGUGUUUUUCAAAAACUUAGGGCUGGGUGUGAAACCCCUUCUGUGGACAAGGAUUUGUAAACUUCUCUCCUCCCGCUGUGGCCCCAGCCUAACUGAUAGUUACUUGAUUCAGUGUGUUAGACACUUAUAGCAUCUAUGUCUCUUUCAAGGGAAUUUGUCAAAUAAUGCUGUUUAACUAAUUGUUGCAAGCAAUUGCAUAUUAACAGCUGUGAUUUGAUUGGACAGCAAGUAUUAUGGCCAAAGUCAGUUUCUUGGCAUUUCAAAAAUAAUGCAAUAAAAACUAGUUGAGGUUAGCUGAGACUGGAAAUGCCUUUUUCAUGGUACAUGAUUCACUUCUAUUUUUUCUUUCUUUUUCUUUUUUUUUCUUUGGUUUUCAUCCUGGAUUCAUCCCCUGAUCUUAAAUCAAAAGGUCAGAUCAAUGAAAUAUGAACUAAAGUAUUUUUCUUAAGCCUAUUGAGUGAUUUAUUUUUUAAAAAAUGUUUAAACGCAUAUGCUUUUCUUUCAGCACAAACAACAGCAAAACUUUUGUAAUAACUAACUUACAUUUGCAUGUAUGAAGAACUGAAAGUCAUUUAUUUCCCUUUUUCCUCUUUCAAAUAACAGGUGGCAGAUCAUAAAAUGAAUUCUUUAUUGUAUCUACACACUCCACAUUCUUUACUGUGUCCUACUACUGUAUCUUGGCUCCCUGCUGUAUUAAACACCAUCUUAAGCACUUGUUCCUGCAGGACUCCUUCUUGACAUUUUGUCUUCCACCUCAAAGUCACUCAAAGGGUGGGACUUCAUCAAAAGAAAGGAAUUAGUCUCUAUCACACCGAAUACUAAGAUUUAUUUCCUCUGAUGGUACACAGAUUUCUCCCUCACUAAGAGGGUCACUCUCAUAGAGGAAAUGUCUUGUCAGUUUUAUACUUGCUAAGGCUAGACUGACAAUAAAAAUGAGUUGGGCAGUUCAAUUAGCAUUCGUUACUAUAUUGGCCUAUAAAGGAUUGGGUUGAUGAUAAUACCUCUACAAAUAUGCAAUAACAAAACAAUAGUUAUGAAAGAAACUUGAAAGUUUUGCAAGGUUUCUCAUAUUCCUGUUGAAAUUAUCAUUUAUUGUCUCUUUGUCAAUGUUAGUAAGGUAACCCAUGACAGAAUAAUUUGAGUGAUAGUUCAUGAUGCAGAGGAUAUGAUCACGAUAUUACCUAAUGGUUUUAUCCUGGAAAAGGUGUAUAUUUUUAGGGCAUUGUUAACAAUGUGAGUGAAACCAAGAUGGUGCAAGUUCCCUUUGCAGAUGGCAUGGGCACACUUGAUUUCUAUUAUGAGUGAAUGUAAUCUUUCUGUAUUUUACCAGAAUUACAGAAAUUACCUGAAAAGUUUCCUAACAUUUUAAUAAUGUUAGGGGUUUAGUUUUGGUUUUAGUUGUCCUCAAGAGACCACAGCUUCACAGUAAUUUCCAUGAUGUUGGGUGUGGCUAAGUUGGGGAUUGGUUCUGUUCUGCCUGCUCCAGUGUAGAGAACAGCUAUAUUUACACUGCAUUCUUUCUCAACUUUCAGGUAGUGAAAACAAACUAUGAUUUAACAAAAGAAAAAGAAAAGACAGGUACUUUUACUUCAAAGAGUGCUUUGGUCCACUUUUAUUUAAACCAAAAAUCAAAUAAAAUAAGGAGGAGGGCUGGGUAUACUUUAAACAAAACCAGUCCUGAAAUGCUGUUAUUCUCAAAGUACAUUCCAAACAAAAAAUAUAUAUAUAGAAUUUACAUAUGUUGCAUUUUUAAGUAUGAGUUAAAUUGAUAUAAAGUGUUCCUCAAUAUUAAAAAAGGUAAGCUAUUGUAAUGACAGUAUUUUUAAAAAAUAAUAAUAUAUAUUAUAGUUGGGAAACACUUGUGCCAGAUUAGAACAUCAAGCAUAGAAGCAGCUGUAUGAUUUACUUGUUUUUUUUUGUUUUUUUUUAACUUUAAUGUUUACCUUCCCCUAUGUUUAAUUUUUCCGUGGUGAAUACUUUUGUUAGAACAUGGCUUUUUUAUUUUUCUUGGAAAAAUAUGCUAUUAGUAUUUACAAAAUAAUGAUUCACCUGAAUAAGUAGUAUAUACUAAAAGUCUUCAAACAUACUUCAUUGACUACUUAUGUUUUGUGGUGCGCUUUCAACAUCCCUAAGUGUUAAAUGUCUUAGUCAUCUAAUAAAUGGAACAGGGUCGAGUUCCAAUGAAAUUAAUACCAAUUGCACAAUCAUAAUACAGCAACCUAAUUUUCUUUAAUUCAUAGGCAUAUCUUUAAAACUUUCUUCUCUUUUUUGAACACAUGAAGAGAAUCCAGUUAGUUUUUGCCUUUCAGAGGUGAUUUGCCACGUCCACAAAGCAUCUGUAGGUGAAAAGACAGACCUUUGUGUUUCUUGAAACAUCAAAAACUGAAUUUAGAGAAUAGUUAUCUAACACUCAAGUCAAUUUUUUUUUUGAAAUUACUAGCUAUUGGUAUAAUAUGCAUAUAUAUACAUAUUUACAUAUACAUAAACACGUGUACAUUUACGUAUAUGUAAGUACACAUUCAUAUACAUAUAUACGCAUGUAUAUAUAUCUGUGUGCACAUACAUUUUUGCCUAUAGCUAGCAAUUAUUUCAUUCAGAUACAUACACACACACACACACACGCAUACAGGCUACUUAAAAACAAAAUAGAGAGUGACUUGAGAUAUACAAAAAAGGAAGAAAAGCCCUGGCGGUCAUAUAGCUAAUGUAUAACUGGACAGCAAGCAGCUACUCGUAAAGCUAACAAUAAACAAAAAGAAAAUGUGGGAGUUAUGCAA